ACAACUUCACCGCCACAGUGACUGUAUGGAAUAAAUGAAGAGUGGAGCGGAGGCGGCAACGUAAAGGGGCUUGUGCUAUAAAGCGUCAUUGUUUACAUUGUUGACUAUGAGUACGAGCGAGCGGAUGAACUGACCAAGAUCAUCAGCAGCACAGAUCUCGAGACAUCAGCAUGUCGGAGCGUGGAGGUCUUCAGCAGCGAACGGGAGCUCCGUCUCCUCACCUGCAGCCCCCCAGAUCGGUCACGAUUUCUUCGAGUCGUCCGUUUCAGAUGAACCUGUUCGCGACUUGGGAGAUUGACAGUUCAUCCCCGAGCUGCGUGCCCAGACUUCUCAGUCUAACUCUUAAAAAAUUAGUGAUUUUGAAAGAGCUGGACAAAGACCUUACAUCGGUGGUCAUCGCUGUCAAACUUCAGAGCUCAAAGCGUAUUUUGCGGUCUAAUGAAAUCAUGCUGUCAUCUGCUGGGCUUACAGAAACUGAUCUUCAGCUCACCUUCUCUCUUCAGUAUCCACACUUCUUGAAGAGAGAUGCUAACAAGCUUCAGAUCAUGCUUCAGAGGCGCAAGCGGUACAAGAAUCGCACUAUACUAGGCUAUAAGACCCUCGCAGUAGGACUGAUAAAUAUGGCUGAGGUGAUGCAGCACCCUACAGAAGGUGCUCAGGUUUUGGGUUUGCACAUGACAGUAAAGGACAUAGCAGUGCCAGUUGCUGAGAUUCGUGUUGAUUCUCUCUCCAGUCAGCCCAUUGAUCCAGAGGGACCAAAGUCCAAACUAUCAGAUCGUUUACUUGACAUUGAUAAUUAUUCUGAGGAGGAAGAGGAAAGCUAUUCAUCAGAGCAGGAUGGCAGUGAUGACCCCCUACAGGGGCAGUACAUCUAUGAUGAAGAAGAUGAACUGAGGAAGAAGAAACCACGUCGUAAACUCCCCUCCACAGCCUCCAUCACCAGAGCUAAUCAACCCAACAUCAAACAGAAGCUUUUGGCAUUGGUGAAAUGGUUCAAAGUGUCUGAUGAGGAGCAGAUCCGGGAUGUGGAAGAGGACCUGGAUGAGCUCUAUGACAGUCUUGAGAUGUAUAACCCUAGUGACAGCGGCCCAGAGAUGGAAGAAACAGACAGUGUUCUCAGCACUCCCAAACCCAAACUUCGGCCGUUUUUUGAAGGCAUCUCACAGUCCAGCUCUAAGACAGAGUUUGGUAGCUUGAAUAGCAGGUGCAGCUCCAGCAAAGAUAGGCUGAGCCCUAAGAGUGAACAGCCUGUUUCUGGUCAAAUCCAGCGUUCUCCUAGUGCACAUCUAGAUGAUGCUUUCUCCAACAUGGAUACACUUGAAUACAAUGAAGUGGAGUUAAUAGGAGACGGCACCCCUAGCAUCACUGUAUCUGUGGCGGAAAGGCCCUGGACCCCACAGAGGAGCAGUAGCACCAACAUGCCAUCUCCCAGGCUGGAUGGAGGUCACACCCCUAAACUGAAGCGAGGGACCCCAAUGAAAGAGAGACAACUGUCCAAACCUCUCAGUGAAUGCACAAACAGCUCGGACAGUGAAAGAUCUCCUGAGCUCAGCUUUACCCCUCAGAUGCCAAGGAAGAUAGUGUACGACCAGCUGAACCAUAUCCUGCUGUCAGACAGCACCCUUCCCGACAGCCUAAUCCUAGUGAACGGUAGCGAAUGGCAAGGACAGUAUGUGACUGAGCUGCUGCAGGCCCAGAAGCUACCAGUGGUUUGCACCUGCUCUGGAUCAGAAAUCCAGGCCAUCCUUUCUGCUCUACUCACACGCAUACAGAAAUUCUGUAACUGUAACUCUGUCAUGCCCAAACCGGUGAAGGUGGUGGUGGUCGGAGGUCAGAGCUACUUUGGAGUUAUCUUGAGAUUUUUCGUCUUUCAGUUGGCCAACAAGAUGUCUGACUGGCUCAGCCACAUGAAGUUUCUUGUGGUGCCUUUAGGCUCUCACCCUGUGGCCAAACACCUGGGUUCACUGGAUAACCGCUACAGUUUCUCCUUCCUGGACAGCUCAUGGAGAGACUUAUUCGGCCUCUCUGAGCCUCCUCAGACUGCCUCAUCCUCUGCUGAAUUUGUGGAUGUGGCAGGACGAAUUCUACAAUACAUCAAUGGGUCUACAGUCACUCAUCAGCUCCCUAUUGCUGAGGCCAUGCUGACCUGCAAAUAUAAGACGCAAGAUGAUGAUUCUUACCAACAUUUUGUUCCUUUUGUGGGUGUAGUCAAGGUGGGAUUGAUAGAGCCUAGUUCAGGAUUUUCAGGUGGAGAUUGUGAGGAGGGUGUGGCUUUGAGCUUGGCAGUUCCCUCGACGUCUCCCCCUGCUCAUGGAUCACCCACUGGAAUGAUGAAAGAUUGUGUCACGCCACCCCCAUCGCCAUCACUAAGCGGUGGAUUGGCUGCUCAUGGAAGCUCCAGCAUGUCUCAUGGGGUGGAUGCUAUUGGGCUGCAGGUGGAUUACUGGGUGUCUCCAGGGAUCGAUAAGCGUAAAGAUGGAGAGCGGAGAGACACAGGCAACAAGAACACUUUGAAGUGUGCGUUUCGAUCCUUGCAGGUCAGCCGGCUGCUCAGCUCUGCCUCUUGUGAGCUCCAGUCUGGCUCCAACACCAUGUCCAUGACUGUAGUAACCAAGGAAAAGAACAAAAAAGUCCCAACAAUUUUCCUGGGGAAGAAGCCUAAAGAGAGAGACACUGAGUCAAAGAGUCAGAUUAUUGAAGGCAUCACCAGACUUAUAUGCUCAGCCAAGAAUCAACAAACUAGUCUCAGAGUGUCUGUAGAUGGAAUGGAGUGGAAUGACGUCAAAUUCUUCCAGCUUGCAUCUCAGUGGCCCACUCAUGUUAAGUACAUCCCAGUGGGGCUGUUUGGUUACAGCAAAACAUCCUCCUAGUUACCUCUGACUUGGGCCAAACCUUGGCAAAUGUCAAGUUUCCUGAACCUGCUUGGCCUUCAAACCAAACAGAGGGCCAGUGGUUCUACUUGAGGUGGACGUGCUACAUGUAGAUGGUAGACACUGGAUCCAAAGUGAGAGAUUUAGAAAAUCCUCAUCAAAGACAAAGACACUGUCAGUGAUUGGUGGGAUGAUUGAUGUCAUGUUUGACCUUUAGAGUGCCAGGGCAGACAAUAAGACUUCAGGAUGGAUUGUUAUUGAGUUGAGAUUGAUAUUUUUGAACUUUUUUUAUGAGAGUUUUGUCUGCCAUGCAAUAAUUUACAAGUAUUUUAUUGAGUUUACAUUUAAAUGGCACUUGAUGAUAUUUGUGAUUUAACGUGUUUUCUCAGUUGAAGUUGUCAGAAUUAUGGAGUAUAUCUUUAUUAUAUGAUUUCGAUGUAUGAUUAUGUUAUAUCAAAGCAUAUUUGAAUUGUGUAAUCUCAAAUGAUCCAUUAACAUACCUUACUGAAUAAUCUUGCACAUCCAAAGCUUCUCAAAGACACUUUUGGUGAUUGGAAAUUUCCUUUUAAUUGAAGAAUAUUUUUUAUGUAAGUAUGAAGAAUACUACUGUGUAAUUGUAUUGAUGUACGCUGUAUAUUUGUUUGCUUAUGAUGUGAUUUUAUAUAUAUAUAUAUAUAUAUAUAUAUACAUACAUACAUACAUACAUACAUACACACACACACACACACACACACACACACACACACACACACACACACACACACACACACACACACACUACCGGUCAAAAGUCUUGAAAAACGUACUCAUUCUUUAUUAUUUUUUAAAUUUUUUUUUCACAUUUUAGAAUAACAGUAAAGUCAUCAAAACUCUGGAAUAACAUAAAUGGAACUAUGGUAAUUAUGUUGUUACUAAACAAAAUCCAAAAUAAAUCAAAUCUGUGUUAUAUUUUAGCAUUUUCACAGUAGUCACCCUUUGCCUAGAAUUUGCAGACAUGUACUCUUGACAUUUUCUCAAUCAACUUCUUGAGGUAUCACCCUGGGAUGCUUUUUAAACUGUAUUGAAGGAGUUCUCAUAUAUGUUGGUCACUUAUUGGCUGCUUUUCUUUAUUAUUUGGUCCAAGUCAUCCAUUAAAAAAAAUAGAUUUUGAUUACAUUUUAGUUUUAUAAUGAAAUAAACUAUUAUGGUGGCACAAUUAUAUUUUUCUCUACAAAACUAAUUUCAAACAUUUAAGACUACGCCUUCAGAUCUAAAUAUUUUUGAGAUCAUGAGAAAAAUUUCAGUCAAGUGUUUCAAAAGUUUUGACUGAUAGUGUAUAACUAAUAUAUAUAUUAGUUAUCAAAGCAUGUAUGUAAAAUAUGCUCUUCUACCAGGGUUUGUCUAAGCUGCUUUUAACACAUAAUCCAUUCCACUGUGGUUUCUGAAUUAAAUUUUGCUGACACUUUUUAUAGUUUGCUAUUAUUGAAGGUCUUCAGUGGUUUCUACCUUCCCAAUACCUUCCAUAACAAAUGUUAACUAGCUAAUUAUAGGGGGUAAACCUGAACAUACAGCUCAAAAUCACACCUUCCAUGUGACCUAAUAAGACCAUUUCUGUAAAUGAUGUACCGUUAUUGCCUUUCUUAAUCAGAUGUAUGGUACACAAACGUAAUAUGCAUGUUAUUGCAGAAUAAUUGUGGUUACUUUGAUAACACUCUCUACAUGUCAAGAGUAGAGAGUGUGUAGGUUUUAUUGUAGGUUUUCUUCUGUAAAGCUCUCUUGUGUGGUAUUUUAACAUUUACAUUAAAUGUGAAUU